UUCUUUCUUGCCAGGGGUAUAUUCAUUACGCGGAAGCAAACAGAGCCGACGGGGAGGGACCUAUUAAUAUUUAUUUAUUUUUGUUGCAAAAACGUUUUCCGUUUGGAGUGAAAGGUUUCCGUUGCUAAACGUUUUGCAACAGACGAUCAGCUUUUGAAGCGGAAUCGGCGUAAUGAAUACACCCACAGACUCGCGGUGGGAAAAUGAUGCGUUCAAAACAACUGGGAACUCGGGGAAAUACGAAUUUAUAUAUCGUCGUUAGUGAUCUUCAGGUCGGAAAGUCGAAGCUCUAGAAAGAGGCCCGAGUUCUCGAGUUGGAUGACUGUUCAAAUACAUUUCCCCCCUCGGGCCUCAUUUAUUUUCCGAGUUCCCCGUUGUUUUGAACACACUGAUGUCGGAGCUUUCCGACUACCUAGUUGCGAGAUUCCAGUUGUUGUGAACGCGGCAAAACUCACACUCUGGUCACGUGAGCCGCGCGGUGACGUACUCAUGAGCUAAAAAAAAACAAUGUGCUAAUGCUCUUCCAGUUCAAAGUUCGAUUGUUUUGUCCUUUCGUAGAAUCUGUUUCCUGUUUAUUAUUGUUCAUGGAAAGUCGUCUGUCACACCACGUAUGUAGUAAUUAUCAUAGUACAUGUCUACGAUUGCAGCGUGUGUGACUUAAGACGGAAGCUCAAAGAAUCACAUGGUUAAUGUCAUCUAAGCUGAGCAUACUGGUUACCCAGAGCAAACUGGCUACAUCGGGCUCUAAAAAAGAGCGAUCAGUGAGUGAACUAACUCUCUAUAUUGUGCUACAUUGAACCUAAUCCCAUAGUCAUCAUGGAUACUCUCUACACUUAUAAAUUACUACCACCCACAUAUACCAACACGAAGGACCCUGAAUACAGUUAUAGACUAGUGAAGCUCGAACUUGUAGACUGCUGGCAAACUCCAGACCUGAACAUCAUCAUCAAACAAGAAGAGGAAGAGGAUAUCUCUCUACAAGUUAAACAAGAAGAGGAGGAAGAGGAUAUUUCUCUGCAAGUUGAAGAAGAAGAGGAGGAAGAGGAGGAGGAAGAGGAUAGCUUUCUACAAGUUAAACAAGAAGAAGAGGAGGAAGAGGAUAUUUCUCUGCAAGUUGAAGAAGAAGAAGAAGAGGAGGAAGAGGAUAGCUUUCUACAAGUUAAACAAGAAGAAGAGGAGGAAGAGGAUAUUUCUCUGCAAGUUGAAGAAGAAGAAGAGGAGGAGGAAGAGGAUAGCUUUCUACAAGUUAAAGAAGAAGAGGAGGAAGAGGAUAUUUCUCUGCAAGUUGAAGAAGAGGAGGAGGAAGAGGAUAUCUCUCUACGUGUUAAAGAAGAAGAGGAGGAAGAGGAUAUUUCUCUACAAGUUAAAGAAGAAGAGGAAGAUCACACUUUCAUGGUCAAAGUAGAAGAAGAAGAGAAGGACAAAGCUCUUGUAGUUAAAGAAGAAGAAGAGGAGGGUGGUUUUACGGUCAAAAAAGAAGAAGAGGCUAUAGAGGUUUUUAUUUUUUCUGAUGGAAAGUGCAACCAGUGGCCUGUCAGUGGGAAGAGUCCCUCCGUAUCAGAAGAAGAAGAACAACAGACGCGACCAAAGAAACAGCCCCAGGAACCCCACCACUCCCCUCUGUACUGCCCCGACUGUGGGAGGAGUUUUGUCAGCCCUGGGAUACUGAACGCGCACCGCAGAAUCCACCAGUCCAGAAUAAUCCACACCACCACCGGUGAGCCGUCUCACUACUGCCAUGACUGCGGCAAGACCUUCGACACCGCCCGCUACCUCCUCAAAAGCACCUCUUGGGCUUCACCAAGGUCCGACUGCUCCCGGACACACCAGCGGCUGCAUGCCGUGGAGGGAGCCGACGUCGUCGGGGAUGGGGCGGAGACGGGGAGGAAGGAAGGUAGUGGGGUGGUGAUGUCAGCGAUGGGGCGGAAGAGAGCGCUGAGAGUUCUGGCCGGAGUGGACUACUACUACUGCUCUGAGUGUGGGAAGAGCUUCUCCAGUGCGGCCUAUCUUAAGGUGCAUCAGAAGGCUCACACAGGAGACAAACCAUACCAGUGUGCUCACUGUAAGAAAUCAUUCAGCACGUCGUGGGGUUUAAAGGUUCACCGGCAGAAUCGCUCUGGAGAGAAGCCCUACCAGUGCGCCGACUGUGGGAAGAGGUUCUCGGACCUGCGCAGCCACAAAGCCCACCGGAGCACCCACACUGGAGAGAAACCAUACACAUGCCCUGUCUGUGGAAAAGGCUUUGCCUGGCUAAAGAGCCUACAGAAACACCAGGCCACACACAGCAGCAGUGAUGGUGGAGUCAUAGAAGUACAUAUAGAAUAA